CUCAUGAAGAAAACUCGAGACUAUUCUGUUCCAAUAUUCAGUCUGAUUAUUCCCGAAUCUAUUUUCACAACACUUACGGAAAUUAUUAAUUUACAUGGUUGCAGAUUAAUAAUUUAACCUGGCAUGACAUAUUUUAAGUAAAUAGGGUUAUUUUAAAGUUUUAGUGAUAGGCAUUUAAUACUUUUUAAAUUAAGACUUUACAAUAUUGUAUAGUUUUUUUAUAAUGCCUUUGGUCGUCAUUUGCAGAAAACUGUUCAUGUAACAUAGGUCAUUUUAAUCUCUGAAUUUGAGUAAUGGAUUGAUUAGCAAAAUGUCUUACGUUAACAUUCCCCGAUAUCGAGACGAUCCCAAUUACCGUUAUAAAAUGCCCAGAAUCCAAUCCAGGAUCGAGGGCCGCGGAAACGGUACUAAAACUAACAUAUCUAACAUGGGAGAUAUAGCUCGCGCACUGAAAAGACCUCCAACUUACGCAACAAAGUUCUUUGGAUGUGAAUUGGGUGCUAUGUCGAAGUUUGAGGAGUCGGAAGAGAAAGCAUUGAUAAACGGAGCUCACACUGAUACUACACUUGCAGGCGUGUUGGACAAGUUCAUAGAGUUGUAUGUGCUAUGUCAAAACUGCCAGUUGCCUGAAAUAGAACUAUUCGUUAAGCGCGGUGAGCUCCUAUGCUCAUGUAACGCUUGCGGUCACAAGGGCACUUUGGACAUGACUCACAAAGCCGCAAGUUAUAUGAUCAAGAACCCAAUCAACACAGCUAAGAUGACGAAGGAGGGUUCUAGUUCAAAGGAGCCAACAAAUGGUGUGGCCAAUAACACAGUUGUGAAGUCUGAGAAGUCUAAGAAGCACCGUGACCCAAGUAAAUCUGAAAAAAAUGAAAAGUCCGAUAAGUCAGAGAAACCUGAAAAGGUGGAAAAGUCUGAAAAAACUGAAAAAUCCGAGAAAUCUGAGAAAUCUGAGAAAAUUGACAAGGUUGAGAAGCUUGAGGACUUAUCCGUAGAGAGUCCGGAAUUGUCUGAAAUUGCCACAAGAUUACGCUGUUUCUUGGAGAAAGGUGAUAGGACUUGCGAAGACUUUUCAGAAGAACUUCACAUGCUUCAGAUUUCUCAAGGCUUUGACAACGUCAGCCGCAUGUUCAUAGCCCUUUCAGCCAUUUUCAACUCUGACGUACCUCUCACACUCGAACUCUUCAAGGAUAGGAUUCAACUGGUAAAGGCAGCAACUGGAUAUUCAAUGACACCGAAGGAAAAGAUAACAGCACUUGAAUAUUUCAUUUUCCAGUCGAACCCACAAGAAAUAACAAAUUACCCAUACUAUUCACAGCUUCUAUACUCACAUGACAUUUUGGAAGGAUCUGACUUUAUCAGAUACUAUAACAAGAGUAACCGUCACUCCGGAAACCUUAAUAACAUUUUCCUCAGGGCGAAGGAAACCAUAGCACCAUUUAUUGAGUGGUUACAAGAAGAUGAAUGAACUUUUGAUAACACGUUGGAAUAAUUACUGAUUUUUGCUAUGAUCUCAAUGAUAAGGAUUUUAAGAAUUUAGAACUGCAGCAUUUGAAAUUUUGAGUUAGUUUUAGGACAAUAUUCGCUAAUGAUCUCACAAGGGAUUCAAGUCGUCACAGUAACAUGGUUAUUCAGGGAUCACCGACUUUUGCUUUUCUUGAGUUCUCUUUUUCAAAUUUCUACCUAGGUUCAGUCACGAAAUGACUAAAACACAAUAAUUUUUUAAUUAUUUA